UGUUAUGGAUUGAACAGGUUUUAUCACAUUCGUUUCUCCAUUUAGUUGAAAGGAAUAUUCCUAGUAUGGAAGAUUUUUGGGUUAAUCAAGGAGCUACUUUGUUGAUUAAUUGGUUAGAAAGUUCACAAGAGGAUGUCCGAGAAAUGGCAGCUAAAGUAAUUGUAAAAUUUGUAAUCAAUAUUGGUGAUAUUGGUGACGAUGAAAAAACAAAAUAUGAAAAGCGAGCAAAUGCAGUGAUACAUGGCGGUGGAAUAAGAUCUCUUCUAAAUCUAGCAAAAUCGUCUAACGAGGGAGAUCAAAUAGGAGUUCGACUAGAAGUGGCUAAGACAAUAACAAUCUUGUGUUUGGACAACACAAUUUCAAAUGUAAUUGUAGAAGAAGGAGGUAUACAACUUCUUUUGAAUUGGGUUAAUUCAACAAAUAAAACAUUAUUUGAAGAGACAAUUAAAGCACUAAAGAAUUUGUCAUUGAGGGAUGCACAUAAUAAGAUCAUUAUUUUUGAGUGUGGUGGUCUAGAAGUUUUGAUGAACCUUGUUUAUAGAUGGACAUCUUCAAGUAAAAAAGUGUUGAAACAUGUUCUUGUUACACUGGAAAAUAUGGCAUCCGAUGACAAAAUUAGCAUGGAAAUCAUAAAAAAUGGUGGUUUAAAUGCACUUGUGACACUUACUCAGGAGGAGUGCAUGUCCAUGGGAGUGUUGAAUCAGAUUAUUCGUGUAUUUGCUAAUUUGGCGGGAAUUGGGUAUACCAAUAACAAUAAUAUAACAUUUGAACUAGAACCAAGUCUCCUUCAAAGACUUGAACAACUUAUUCGCUCACCCCUUCAUGAUUUCAGGUAUUGAUGUUCAAUAAAAUUUAACUUUCUAUUAACACGAAAAAAAACUCAUUCUAUAAUUUUCAUAUACAACACAUGUUACAAAGACUCAAAUUAAAAGAUUACCAUCAAAUAAGUGUAAACUUCAAAAUGGUCAUAAAAUUAGCAUUUAAAAUUCAUAUUAACAGUUAUUUUUGAUUAAUUAGACAAGAAGCUGUUAUUGCACUUUGGAACUGGUCUUCUAAUAC